AUGAAGCUUGCUUUUAGUUUUUCCGCUUUUUCGGUCAGCAAUGCUUUCCAAAGCGUUGACUGGAACGAUGGCGAUGCUGUUGCUGACACUGGCAACCCGUGCGGUAGUUUUAUCCAGUUUGAUAAGCCAGAGGACUUUGGAGCUGGAGGAUACAGUCUUAGUAACGCGACCUGUUCAAUCACUUACAAAAUGGAGAGUACCAUCGAGCAUAUCAAGCACGCUUUCAUCGGUGGCGGAGCAUUCAUCGAGUCCCCUUCAACUCGUGGCCUGAACGAAUUUUCCGUCUUUGGUUAUCCCGGAAUCACGAGCGACAGCUUCGACAUGGUCAUUUUCUGGGACGAAGCAAUGGCGAAGAUGGACAAGUUCGGCAACGAAACUUGCGGAACUGGCAACGACUUCGCCCUCCAGUGUACUGGCUUCGAAACUGCGGAUCCGCUUUCGAACGAUUUGGACGGACACUUCAUGGAAACUGUAAACGACUUUAGAAAAACGGCCGGAUCAGUUUUGGACUUUCAAGUCAUCGGACCCAAGGCUCACGAACUCGUGACCGUUGCUUUCCUUGAUUCUGACGGGAACCGAUGGCCAUGCUACGAUUUCAAAGCCGUUUCUGGAAUCGCCCCUUACAGCGGAUGCCAUCCCUCAGGAGGCGCAAACAACACCCAAAUCGACUGUGGAACUAAAAGCCAAUUUACGCUCCUGUCCGAUGACUACUUCGUCUCGACUUUGAUGGGUUUCUCCUGCACCAUGAACGAUGAUUCGUUCCCUGAUCUGUGGAUGUCUCAAAUCUCUCGACAAAGUAUUCUCUGA